AUGGUGGAAUAUCAACGAAUUUUACAAGAUCAGUGCGUAUUGUCGUUUGCAACAAAUGAGAGGCAUUUAAACACAUUGAGAGCGGAAUUAUUUAGACUCAAAACAAGGGGGCUACGUGCAAAGGUCAAAGGAGGAUCUCAGUUUAGAAAAUUUAUGAAAGAUAUUGAACAAUGUAAGUAUUCAUGGGAAGUACCUCUGCAAAGACACGAGUGUGAAGUUUUAUUACAGAAACAAAAGGAAGAAAUGGAAACUUUAAAGAAAGAAAAUGCAGAUCAGAAGAAAGAAUUAAGUACCCUAGAAGAGAAAUUUUAUAGUUAUAUCAAAUCCACAGAAAAACAGUCAAUGACGUCAGGAAAGGAUAAUUUGGAAAACCACACUAUUCCCAUUAAACGAAAACCAUUUGAAGACUGCACUCCAGCAUACCAGUCAAAAAGGAGGAAAUGUGAUGCGGCAGCUUGUAAGACAGCUCUGAGUUUCUUGGAACAGGAAGGUGUGAAACCAAUAUCUGUGUUAGUUUCAAGAAAUGGGAAAAAAAAGAAGUUCUCCAGAUCUAUGAGAGUGAGAAUAAAGAAAAUCAUCAAAAUAUGGAUCAGUGACAAAUUAUUUAAUCUGUUGAUUGCAGAACUUAGGGUUUUAGAUAAUAUUACUGCCAACACCACAUUUAAGUCAGACUUGGACAGGAAAAAAGUGAAACACAUUGCAUCUCUGGAAAGCUUUUUACAAAGGCUGGGUAUAAAUUUUGAGCUCCACAUCAAUAGAGAAACCAAUAAACUAGAGUUUAGAGAAUUAACUGGUCCUGAAAAACUGAAAAUUCUCCGUCAUUUUAAAGCUAGCGAAUUAUUUGAAGACCAGGUUAGAGCAGGUCUGGUACAAAAGGUGUGGGAUGAUUUUAAACAACUGAAUGAACUGAUUAAGCUUGAAAAACCAAACGCAGAUGAUGUUGAAAGUUUAGCAAAGGAAUGGUGCGAAUUGUACGCAAGCACAUUUCAGACAAGGGACAUUACUCCUUACAUACAUGUUUUAAGAUACCAUGUUGCAGAGUUGAUUAGACUCCAUGGCAAUAUAGUGUCUUUCAGCCAGCAAGGUCUUGAGAAGCUAAAUGAUAUGAUAACAAAGCAAUACUUCCGUGGAAGUAGUCACAAGGGAAUUUUAGGCAAUUGUUCCCAUAUCAACAUCAAAUCUCCCUCUGGUGUCUACAAAACUGAAACACAGGAAGGCAAAAGUCUCGACUUGUUCUGUGAUACGGACACUGACGACGGACCGUGGACCGUAAUACAGAGACGAACAAGUGGAGAUGUUGAUUUCUAUCACAACUGGACAGACUACAAGAACGGUUUCGGAGAUCUACUUGGAAAUUUCUGGAUUGGCAAUGACAACCUGCACCUCCUAACUACCACCCCGAGGAUCCUACGUGUGGAACUAGAGGCCUGGGACGGGACAAGAGGAUAUGCCCAGUACUCAGAAUUCCAGGUGGCCAAUGAAGAUCAGAAUUACCGACUUCUCGUACAAGGGUUCUCCGGCACCGUUUUCUAUGAUGCCAUGGACUACCAUAGUGGCCAAGCCUUCAGCACGUACGACAGGGACAACGACCACAUAUCUGAUAACUGUGCCAUGGAACUACUGGGUGGUUGGUGGUACAAAGCAUGUUAUCACACAAACCUGAACGGAGGAUAUUUUACAUUCACUGGACAAGAGAAUUCCGAAGCAAUGGACUGGUGGUACUUCCCUAGCUAUAGCCAUCUAGCCAUUCCUUUGAAGAAAUCCAAGAUGAUGGUUCGAUAGAUACAUGAAGGUGUAGGAUCUACCAGAUGAAAAUGUUAAGGAACUAGGACCCUGUUACUUUAAAUUCAAUACUUGUGUCAAACCUCCUUGAUGUACAUACGUAUCACAAUACAUCAUUAUUGUCAACAACAACAACAAAAUCUGAAAUGUUGACAACAAUGAUAAUUAUUACAAUGUAUGUAUCUAAGACGUCAAAUAUAAAACUCUUAUACAAUACAUCAUUCCUGUGCGAACAUACCUGUACAAAUAUUAGACUGUUGUACAAUACAUCAUGCUUGUAAAAAUAUAAAACGGUAAUGCAAUACUUCAUACCUCUACAAAUAUGAUAAUUUAUAGAGUGUUUCAUACCUGUACAAAUAUACAUCUGUUAGACAAUACAUCAUAACAAUAUAAAACUGUCAUACAAUACAUCAUACCUGUACAUAUGUAAUGUUAUACAAUACAUUAUAACUGUACAUAACACUGUAAUACAAUACAUUAUACCUGUACAUAACACUGUAAUACAAUACAUUAUACCUGUGCAUAACACUGUAAUACAAUACAUCAUACCUGUACAAAAACCAAUAAAAUACUAUUAUUACAAUGUAUAAUGUAUGUUCAAAAAUAAAACUAUGAUCAUAAUAUAUCGAAAGUGCAAAUAUCAAAGGAAAUCAGUUUCGUUAUAUAUCAUAUGUUUUUAACAAACGGUUAUAUAUUUCACAACAAUAAAAAUUAUGGUGAUCAAGGAGGUAAAUUCUACUAAAAAGAAACUAUAACAAACUUAAUUUAUUAUCAUUUAAUACCUGUACCUGUGUAAAUGUAUAAUUUAACAAAAGCUAUAUAGGUAAUAAUAUGUGCUGGGCACCAAACCGACCAUGUUGGUUUUCUCUGGGUACUCCGGUUUCCUCACAAUUUACGUGUGAUAUGCCUUCUCGUCUAUUUAUCAAAAAAGUAUAAAACAACAACACUUAUGAUAAUAGUUAUUAUUAUAUAGAGGGUAUUGAAAGGUUUCCCGUUUAAUAUAACAUAUAUUUCACGAGUAUGACAGAAUAUCGAUAUUUUCACGAGUGCGAAGCUCGAGUGGAAAAUAUCGAAAUAUUCCAUAUAAUAUAUAAUAUAGUGUUGGCAGGUAGCACUCCACAGAUACAACAAUCACAAAUCAAUAAAUAUUGGGAUUGUUUUUUUACAAAAGCAUGUCCAUUGUGUUUUGUGAAGAACAUGUGUACACUAAAUGAGGCAAAUUGAGGUAAAUACCGGAGUUGCAUAAAGCUUUGUAGAGCACCUAUGUCCGUCUUUUUAGUAUAUCUCAAACCUAAAUUAGAAGUUGUUAUUUGUUAUCAUUCUAAGGAAGACAACUCUUUAUUACAUAUAGGCUACAUUAACAGUUUUUUGCUAUAUCGUGGGAGGAACUUUCAUGAAAAGGGAGAUAACUCUUAAACAGCGAUAAUGAAUUCUGAUUAAAGUUAAGUUAUUGAUUUUUGCCAACAUGUUUUGUUAAGAAUACCAUAGGAUAAGUUAAAAACAAGGUGGAUACCUCUAGGGCAAACGUUGAAAUCAAUAGAUAUUUCUUCGCGUCUUGAUAAAUGAGAAUAACAUCGAUGAAGGCUGGGUAUUUAAAGAAAAUCUCUUUUUUUUAUUAUUGCUAUUCCUUUUUUAUGCUGCUUGCAAAUUUUUGAUUACCAUACAUUUUGACUAUAAUUCAAAACUUUUUUUACAUGUAUUAUCGCUAGCCCAUUAAAUUUGGGCAUUACUUUGCUUUGUUUUCUGGGUUUCUUUUAUGAUGAUGUUAUUUCAUCAUUCAUGCAUUAUAUUUUUUUGUUGACAUAUUCCCAAAUAUACAAAACACAAUUAUAAUUAUAAAAAGUGGACCUGAGAUGUUUAGGAUUUUAAUGUACGAAUCCGUAUUCGACAGUAUCAUAAUAACAGGUUAUGGGAAAUAUUCAGUCUCCAUUAAUCCCUAAUAUGACUUUGUAUUCGGCAGUUUCAUACUAACAGGUUAUAGGAAAUAUUCAGUCUCUCUGAAUUCUUUACAUGAAAUUUUGAUGAACAUUUAUUUUGGUGUUUAAGCAACAUAUUUUUGCAAAAUGUUCAUGUUAUGUUGAAAUUAAAGCCCUUUAGCAAAUAUUUGCGUUCCCUUCUGGCACUUUUUUUUAUGAGACAUUUUGUAUACAUAUAGUUGCAUAAGGUGACUCGCUUACGCUAUAUUACUUCAAAGAGGAGAGGUGACGUCAGAUAAAUCGAUAUCAAACCGCAUCCCGUAUCAAUUGUAUGUGGCUGAAUGUUUGUUUUUAUUCAGCAUUCUACAUAAAUAGCACGCCUUGUUUACAUUUUUUUUCAAUAAUUGCUACAUAUCAUUUUUAAUGAUCGAUUUUGUACCUGCUGUCACGAUACAUAGUAUAACGUAUUUCACUUUGCACGAUAUUUUGACGUUCAAUUCUUCAAUAAAGAGCUUAUAAAAGACA